AUGAAGACCUUCCUCAUCUUUACCCUCCUUGCCAUGGUGCUAACCAAUUCCACCGCCAAUGAGCAAUUUAAACAUAGUUGCCAACAUCAACCUCAACAACCGUUUUCUUGGCUGCAAUAUCCAUUUUCUGGGCAACAAAAACCCUUUCCCGGGCAACAACAACCAUUUCCUGAGCAACAACAACCAUUUCCCGACCAACAAAGCCAAGUUCAUGGGCAACAACUUCCAUUUCCUGGGAUACAACAGCUAAUUCCGGGGCAACAACAACCAUUUCCCGACCAACAACAACCAUUUCCUGGCCAACAAUUUCCAAUUCCUUUGAUACAACAACAGUUAAACCCAUGCAGGGAUUUCCUCCUACAACAGUGCAACCCAGUGACAAUGGUGACGUUCCUCCGGUCGUGGAUCUUGCAGCAGAGUAGUUGCCAAGUGAUGCGGCAACAAUGUUGCCAACAACUAGCGCAGAUCCCUGAGAAUUCCCGGUUACCUGCAAUCCAUGGUGUUGUGGAAGCAAUCUUCCUACAACAACAACAGAAGCAAGGUGCUUUCUUGCAACCUCAGAAGCUGCAUCAGAUUGUUCAAGGUUUCUUCAAUCCUCAACAACAAUGCGGUCAGGGUGCGUCCAUCCAGCAACAACAACAAUACAUUCUCAUUCAGGAUAUACUCCAGCCUCAGCAGCUAGCUCAGUUAGAGGCAAUAAGGGCUUUAGCGCUAAAGACCCUACCAGCGAUAUGCAAAGUGCAAGUCCCACCAUACUAUUAA